AUCCCAACUUACUACCUUCUCACUAGUGGCGCUCUCACACUCUCCUUCUUUCUCUAUUUCCCAAUCAUUCACAAUCAAACAACCAAGAAUUUCAAAGACAUACCCACCACUUAUUUCCAAUUCCCCGGCUUGCCCUCAAUGCCGGCCUCAUACUUGCCCGAUCCGGUCCAAGAUCGAGAGGACCAGUUCUAUCCAGACAUCUUAGAGAUUUGUUUAAAUCUACCCAAAUCAAAGGGAUUUAUAAUGAACACCUUUGAGUGUCUUGAGUCAACAUUGAUCAAAACCAUCACUGAUGGUCUCUGCCUACCAGAUGCUCCAACCCCACCUGUUUACUGCAUCGGACCAUUGAUAGCCAGUCCUAAGAAUCGAGGUGGGGAAGGUGAUGAAGCUGUAGAUCCGUGCUUGUCAUGGCUUGAUGCGCAACCAAGUGAAAGCGUCGUGUUCUUGUGUUUUGGGAGUGGAGGUGUGUUCUCAACAAAACAGGUGAGGGAGAUCGCUAUUGGGUUGGAGAAGAGCGGACAGAAGUUCUUGUGGGUUGUGCGCCAGCUGGUCUCUGAGGACAUUAACAAACACUUGUGUAUGGAAUAUAAAGACCCAUAUUUGGAAGCUCUAUUACCUCAAGGCUUCUUGGAUCAGAACAAGGAGAGGGCUCUUGUGGUCAAAUCAUGGGCACCACAAGUUGACGUGCUGAAUCAUGAAUCGAUCGGUGGAUUUGUGACUCAUUGUGGGUGGAACUCGGUGUUGGAAUCGAUAUGCGCAGGGGUGCCUAUGGUGGCGUGGCCUCUCUAUGCUGAGCAGCGUAUGAACAAGGUGUUUUUGGUGGAAGAGAUGAAGUUGGCAAUGCCAAAGGAGGAAUUGAAAGAUGGGUUAGUGAGUGCAGCUGAGGUCGAGAAACGGGUGAAAGCGUUGAUGGCAUUGAAAGAAGGGAGAGUGCUUAGAGAACGGAGUCGGAAGAUGAAGGAAGAAGCCAUGACUGUGUGGUCCGAGUGUGGCUCUUCUAUGAAUGCUUUCACAAAUCUGGCCGAGUCAUGGGUCAUUCAGUAACCACUCAGACGACUCAAAGCUCUUUU